GACAGGCUCAGCGGCUAGGAGCGUCACGUGAGGAUGGGCGGUGGAGCUGGAGGCUGGUCUCGCCUGUUUCUUCGUCUCUAUGGUUUUCAGAGGUGGGCGGCUUUGACGGAGAAGCAGCUGGAGCUCCAGCGCGGACGGGAUGUUUCGUCUUAACUCUCUUUCUGCAUUGGCAGAGCUGGCAGUGGGCUCUCGAUGGUACCAUGGAGCAUCACAGCCCACCCAGAUCAGGCGACGGCUGAUGAUGGUGGCUUUUCUUGGAGCAUCUGCAGUAACUGCAAGUACUGGUCUCUUGUGGAAGAGGGCCCUUGCACAAUCCCCACCAUCUGUAAACAACAUAAAGAGUGAACUUGGUGAUAAAGGGAAGAGUAAAGAUGAAGGGGAAGAUUGUAACCACGAAAAAAAGGCUUCAGGUAUUUGUCUUGAGCCUUAUCCAGAAGAGAAAAAGAAGAAACGUUCUGGAUUCAGAGACAGAAAAGUGAUGGAAUAUGAGAAUAGGAUUCGCGCAUAUUCCACACCAGAUAAAAUCUUCCGAUAUUUUGCUACCUUGAAAGUAAUCAGUGAGCAUGGUGAAUCUGAAGUGUUUAUGACACCACAAGACUUUGUGCGAUCCAUAACACCCAAUGAAAAACAACCAGAACACUUGGGUCUGGAUCAAUAUACAAUAAAACGCUUUGAUGGAAAGAAAAUUGCCCAGGAACGAGAAAAAUUUGCUGACGAAGGCAGUAUAUUUUACACCCUUGGAGAAUGUGGACUCAUAUCCUUUUCAGACUACAUUUUCCUUACGACUGUUCUUUCUACUCCUCAGAGAAAUUUUGAAAUUGCCUUCAAGAUGUUUGACUUGAAUGGAGAUGGAGAAGUAGACAUGGAGGAGUUUGAACAGGUUCAGAGCAUCAUUCGCUCCCAAACCAGCAUGGGAAUGCGUCACAGAGAUCGUUCUACAACUGGUAACACCCUCAAGUCUGGCUUGUGUUCAGCCCUCACAACCUACUUUUUUGGAGCUGAUCUCAAGGGGAAGCUGACAAUCAAAAACUUCCUUGAAUUUCAGCGUAAACUUCAGCACGAUGUUCUGAAGCUGGAAUUUGAACGCCAUGACCCUGUGGAUGGGAGAAUCACCGAGAGGCAGUUUGGUGGCAUGCUGCUGGCCUACAGUGGGGUACAGUCCAAGAAGUUGACUGCCAUGCAGAAGCAGCUCAAGAAGCACUUCAAAGAGGGAAAGGGUCUGACAUUUCAGGAAGUGGAGAACUUCUUUACUUUCUUAAAGAACAUUAAUGAUGUAGACACUGCAUUGAGCUUUUACCAUAUGGCUGGGGCAUCUCUUGAUAAAGUAACCAUGCAGCAGGUGGCCAGGACAGUGGCUAAAGUGGAACUCUCAGAUCACGUGUGUGAUGUGGUGUUUGCGCUCUUUGACUGUGAUGGCAACGGAGAGCUGAGCAAUAAGGAAUUUGUUUCUAUCAUGAAGCAACGGCUGAUGAGAGGCCUGGAGAAGCCCAAAGACAUGGGCUUCACCCGCCUCAUGCAGGCCAUGUGGAAAUGUGCACAGGAAACUGCCUGGGACUUCGCUUUGCCCAAACAGUAACCCAGAACUGCACGAGGAGCCGCGCCUCCAGGCCAAGCACCCUGGCCCCUUGGGCAGAGCCUUGGCACAGGCCUCCCCGCUGCUGCUUCCGGAAGUAGUGCUCCCCUCCUCCUGGGAAUGAUCUCAGGACUCAUCAAGUUUCCCCUCUCCCAGUGUUCUGAUAGGCCCUGGUUCUAAACCAGUGAUUCUCCCUAGAGGUCCUCAAAAACAUGAGCAGGUCCUAAAAGCGCAGACCUUUGGCACGUUCAACAGUACUACCCAUUCAAGCACCCUACAGACAAAGAAUGCGGGACCCAUCCAUGUACCUGCCAACCCUGGGAAACACCCAUUUCUUGAGUCAUCUUGGUGUGGAUUUAUAUUAACAAGAACAUUCCUUGCUUCUCCUCCUGCUGGUGUUUUUUAAGCUACAAAUUGGGAAAACCUCUGGCAGAAAAAGGAAAUCAGUGAUGAAUGAUAACGAGGAUGACCCAGGCACCCUGAGCUGGUGGGAAGCCUGGGCCAGAGGAAGGAUCUGUGUCAGUCCCCAGGGUAGCUCUGAGGCAGUGUGCACAGUGGGAAUGGAGCAAGAUUAGGAAUUUAAAGUAGCUGCUGCAUGGCUCUCUCCACUCCCUUCUUUUCCUCUCAGGCUCCCUAAGAAGACUCCAGCACGACUGUGCUUAUUAAAUGAGCGGCAGUGAUUAAGCUCAUGGCCCCUGCGAGUGCCAUUUCCCCUCCAGGCGUGUGCCUCUGAAGCUGAGUCCUGGCUCAGAGCCUAUCUGCCCUGUCUUAAACACUUGUAAAAUAGCACUUUAAUUAUAACGGUUUGCAGUAAAGCCCCACCAACCACC